UGACAUUUGUGAUUUGUAAUUCUUUUGGAUAACUUUUUAGGAUAAAUUUUGUUUAAAUUUAUGUGUGAAUCAUGUCUUUCUUAACAGAAUACUUUGAUGAAUAUCGGCAGCAUCCCAUCAGGAAAACUAAAAUUUGCCUUCCAGAACAAAGAUGGGCCAAAAUGGAAGGAAAAUGGCUCGACCCAAAAGUUGGGACACAGGACAAAGCAUGGACGGACGAGGAAGUGGACGCCUUCAUCAAGGCUACGAUGAAGAGUCUUCGAGGACAGUCCACAUACCACAAUGACUACUGCGCACACUUAAGUCCAGAAUUCAAAUACCGCCAGUUUAAGCCACGCAUCAAGAAAUUAAAGCCAUGUUCGGAGGUCCUAGCGAAGAAGGAGGUGGAAUACUCGGUGGUGCAGGUUCCGAAGCUCGCCAUCAAAGACACGGAGCUGAUGAACGAUGCCAGAGAGAUCUACGAGUCGGACCUCAACUCGCCCACAUUGGAGCCGCUGCGAACACAUUUCAGGAUUUUCGGCUACACCCGUAGACACUUCUUCCACACUGGUCUGUCGGAGUACCAGACCGGCAUCGCCCGGCUGGCGUACGAGAUGAUCCGGGAUGACCGAAUACCGCGGUACCACGCGCACAACGGCUGCCGGCCGAAGUGGGGACACCCACCAGAGGAGGAAAGACAGCCGGAGCUGGAUGGGAUACCAUUGGAUGGGGAGAGACUGUAUUAAGUGUAUAUUGGUGCUGUAAGAUUAAAAGGAAUAUCUAAAGGCUUCUUUAGACGAUGCGAGAAAUAUUUUUCGGGUAGCAAUUGGUACGGGAGUCGCACGGCGCCGGUAUUGUAAGUGGUAUAUCAGCAUCGUUACUUUUACGAUAUAUCUCGUAACGUCUUAAUAUGCUUUAAAAGUCAACAGGGUUGCAUAAGUCCAUAAUACAUGGUCCUAAGACCAAAAAUCAAUGAAAUCCGUGAGUGUUCUCAGUCCCAAGUUUAUUUUGUACAGUAAGUAUCUUUUACUUGCAAUUUUAAGUAGUAAAUAGAUCAAUAUAUUUUCAUAAUUACUGUUAUUAAAAUGGUUUAUAUCCUUAACUGUAAUAUCUACUUAGCCUCUUACGUUACUAGGAUAAGUAUUUAUCAGUUUAAUCGAUAUGUUGUUCACUUUAUUGCAUUUUAAAUUUAUUAAUCGAAUUGUUUUAGUGAAACUUGUCUGUAGUUAUGAAUUUCGAUUUCAAUUAAAUAAUGUUAAGCCUGUACACACAA